GCUGGGGGGGGGGGAGAGAAAGGGGCGGGGCGGAGAGACGCGAGAGGAGCCGCCCGCCCCGCUCGGGCACGUUUUGCUGCUUUCUUGGCAGGGCGAGCUGAGCCCGAACCGCAGCCCCGCCGGUCGGCCCGUCGCUCAUCCGCUUUUGCUUCAGGCCGUCCGGCCGGCCAUCUGGCCGAGCGGGCGACACACACACACACACACACACACACACAAGCAACCCUCCGACCGCUGCAGCCCGCUGCGGGGAUGUGCCAUUGCCAUGGCGAGGAGGGUCUCUGCGGGGGCCUGGCUCAGGAAGCCCUACUACGGGCAGGUUCGCUUCUCUUAUAUGCGGAUGAAAUAUCUCUUCUUCUCUUGGCUAGGAGUAUUUAUUGGCAGCUGGAUUAUUUAUGUUCAGUACUCAUCUUACACAGAACUUUGCCGAGGGCAUGACUGCAAGAAAAUAAUAUGUGAUAAAUACAAGAGUGGGGUUAUUGAUGGAUCAGCAUGUAGUAGCCUGUGUACAAGACAAACACUUUAUUUCAGAAAAUGUUUGUCAACCCAACCCAACAAUCAGAUGUAUUUAGGAGAAUGGGGUAAUUUGCAAGGAGUUAUAAAAUGCCAGAUGGAAGAAACUGUUCAUAUUGAUCUCAGAACUGAACUAGAACCAAGGAAGGAAACAAUUCUGUUUGAUAAACCAACUAGAGGAACCACUGUUCAAAAAUUCAAAGAGAUGGUCUAUGGGCUUUUUAAAGCAAAACUGGGAGAGCAAGGAAAUCUUCCUGAAUUGGUUAAUCUCAUCUUGACGGUGGCUGAUGGGAAUAAAGAUGGUCGUGUUUCCUUGCCAGAAGCAAAGUCAGCAUGGGCACUUCUCCAGUUAAAUGAAUUCCUGCUCAUGGUAAUUCUCCAGGAUAAAGAACACACUCCCAAAUUGUUGGGGUUUUGUGGAGAUCUUUAUGUGAUGGAAAAAGUUGAAUAUACCUCUCUUUUUGGAAUAAGCCUUCCGUGGAUCUUAGAACUUUUCAUUCCUUUUGGUUUCAGAAGGAGCAUGGAUCAAUGGUUUACUCCGUCGUGGCCAAGAAAGGCAAAAAUAGCUAUAGGGCUUCUAGAAUUUGUGGAAGACAUUUUCCAUGGACCGUAUGGAAAUUUUCUCAUGUGUGAUAUGAGUGCCAAAAAUCUGGGUUAUAAUGAUAAAUAUGACUUAAAAAUGUUGGAUAUGAGAAAAAUAGUGCCAGAAAUGAAUUUAAAAGAACUUAUUAAAGAUCGUCACUGUGAGUCUGACCUGGAUUGUGUAUAUGGCUCAGACUGUAGAACUGUAUGUGACCAAAGUAAAAUGAAAUGUACUACAGAAAUAAUUCAGCCAAAUUUAGCAAAGGUGUGCCAUUUGCUUAAAGACUAUCUGCUUCUCGGGGCUCCUUUAGAAAUACAUGAAGAAUUAGAGAAACAAUUGUACUCUUGCAUUGCCCUGAAAGUUUCAGCCAAUCAGAUGGAAAUGGAACAUUCCUUAAUACUCAAUAACUUGAAAACUCUAUUGUGGAAGAAAAUAUCUCAUACGGAUGAUUCUUAGGUGCUUUGUCUCAGAAGAAGAUACAGUUGCUGCUGUAGGAACUGACCACUUUUUGUGAAACAUACUCUAUAGUUUUUGAAACAUUCGUUAUCCUCAUCUUUUAUCAGUUCUCUUUCAGACAUAUUUUUCUCCAAUUGAAGAGUUAUAUGAGUACUUAAAAUGUAUGCCUGUCAGACUACUGAAGCCAUAUGGCUACAACACUCCUGGCUGGAAAGAAUACUAAUUCCCUGUUACCCUUUUACCCUUCACUGGCUUAAGAGAUUUCAUAAGAGCCUUCUGUUGUUAGUAUUCAUUCUGUUUCUUUAGAAACUUACUAAAAGACAAAUUUAUACAUAUGGAGAGAGCAUUUGGUAUAAUCCCAGGAAAUCCGUUCUAUAGAAUUUAUAAACUCACAUGUAUUCAACUGAACAAUUUCCUAAAUGAAAAAAAAAUCUAGCAUUUGAAGUCUAGCCUACCCUUUUGCCUGACAUAUUAGUUGUUAAAAACUAAGAAUUCUUGAAGUAGGACAGUAUAAAAACACCAUUCACACUUCCAUUUCUAAAUAAUAGCUAAAGAAAGCUACCCAAGGACCUUUGCAUCAUGAAGCAGCUCCAGUUAGCCAAGCUGCUUCAUCUGGCAAUGGAAGACCCUCCCACUCAGAUUCAGCAGACCCUCCACCCUUCCUUUGAAUAAAUGUAUUAAUACCUCCUCUUGACAACAUCCCAAGUAUCAAACUGCUCCCCGGGAAAGUACUGUUCCUGUGCUUUGUUUGCCCUGUAUCUUUAGCAAAGGGAAAAGUUAGAAGGAAUGGAACAGGAUGGGCGAAGUUGGCUGUGUGGGUUAUCAGUUUAAGCACUCUUAGCGGCCAUUUUUGUAAAUGCUGUUUACUUUGUGAAAGAAUUCCUGGUGACUCAAACAGGCUUCUCAUUUGAACAAAAUGUGUGUAAGGGGAAGAGCUUUGUCCCUAAACUGUGAUAUCAUUUAGUCCAGAUAGAUGAGUUGCAUCUAGAGACCUACUUUUGUUUCAAAGCUACCACCUUGCAGGCAUGAGAAGUUUCCUUAUGUUCUUUUGACUUACUAUAUCAACUAUAUAUAUUAUAUAGUAUAUAGUAUUGUAUAUUAUAUAUACAAAUAUAUACUAUAUUUGUGUUCUUGCUUCCCCUCAAAAAGCUACAAAAAUGUAUUGUGGUGCUUUUAAAAAGAUCUGAAGAGUGAUUUUUAAAAUUCUGAAGUUUCUUUACAAUCAUCAAUCUGAAGAAUAUAUCACUAUUAGAUUAUUAUUUUAAAAUAAUAUUUUGGGGAUUGUCUAUUAAUUUUAGCAUGGCAGAAUUUGCACAUUAGUAAUUUUUAGAGAAAAUUAAUGUGAUAAUUGAAAAUGUUUUAAAAUGGAAGUUUUUCGAACCAGAACUUUUUGUUAGUUUUUUACAUUUGUAUACACAUUUACCUCAUACAUACAUUGAAUGUUAGUAAGUUUGCUAAAUCUCCUAGUUAAAAAUAGCUGUUGUACCAUUCUAGCAUUUAAGGAUUUAUAAGUUGCACACAUAAUCAUGCACACACACACACUAGCAGCAAUAUGAAAUAUAAGAUUCAAUAAACUACAGUAAUCAGUUGGAUUAUAUGAACAGAUUUAUUAAAAAGUAUUAAGCAUUAUACAUUUGAAAGUAAGAAGUCAAAGAGAUCCCUAAGCUUCAGUUUGUACAAAUAAUAGUUUUAAUGCAAUGAAAUGAUUGAGUCCUUGUUUUUUAUCAGCAAAGUAUUUAAAUCAUAAUGGACAAUCUCACCAAAAGAAAGCCUAUCUAACAGUAAAAUUCUAUGUAUGACUGUCCUGAAGUAAUUUCAGUAUUGUAAUUGUAAGGUGGAAGAUUCCUAUUGGGAGGUAAUCAUAUUUGUUCCUUCAACCAUCAAACUGCUUGAUUUCACCAUAUGCACUUUGGAAACUAGAAUAUUACAUUCAAGCUGAUUUUGUAAGAAUGUAUAGAUUUGUUUUCAUACUAUGUGAUGAACUAAUUUCUAAAGUGCCAUUUGUCUUAAGCAAAUGAAUAUUGGUUCUGGCAUUGCUUACAAAAAAAUCCAACAAAAUGAAAUACAGCAGUGAUAAGAUACAUGUGUUCACCACUAUCCUUCUUGGACUUGUUUUUUUUUUUUUUUAGUUAUGUAGUUUCAUUUCUGUUACGUGUUUUUCUCAGGACUACAGGCCAUAGUCCCCAGUUCUAGAAAGAAAUGGCAACUUGGAUCAUACAUGGAUAAUCUUUGGAAUCUUAUUUAGCACCUAGCUAGUUAAUAAACUACAUUAAUCAACAUAGUUGUUUAGCACACUUCUUCUGAAACACUUAUGCAUGUUCCUCUUGACACUAAUUCACCUUUAGCUCUUGACUUGAUUCAGUUUUGUUUUAUAAGACAAAAAAAUGACAAAAAUUAUUGAUAAUUUCACUUUUUGAAAUCAACAAAAUAUCCUUUUUUAACCUCUCAAACAUGCACUUAUAAAGACAAAAGAACUAUUGUUCCCUGUAUAAUGUGUGACAUUAUUUGCUUUAGGGUCUUGUACAUUUUUGCCUUGUAUAAAUAUUUUUACUAACAAUUUUCUUGCACAAUGUCCACUGUUUUGUUUUUAAAUUGACAGAGACAGCAUUUAUUAGUGGUACCAGUAAACAUUCUUAAAUCUUAAUAAGCAAAUCCAUGGUGAGUAAGUCUGAAUGUCAAUAUUUAACAGUCAUUGCUCAGUGGAAAAAAAAUAUUUGAAAGUUUGGAAUAAUGGGACUCGUUAGCAAUGCAGUUUGUACUGUAUUUUAUUUUGAUUGCUGUUAUACCACUUUCAGGUUUUUAUUUUAAAUAUGAACUGUUUACAAUAAACUGGAACUAUUUCCCCUU